GACUUCAGACUAAAAAUCUUAUCCUACUGAAUGAUAUUUUAUGUGAAAAUUGUAAAAAAUAGACACUUUCUUGCUGCUUGGAUAUUACAGUCUUCAAUGUUGUUGCUGGUGGUCAUGUUUGCUUUCAAACACCAUGAAAGGGAUCACUGUUUAUUGAUUUAUCUUUUUUUAUAAAGAGUGUUUCAUUUUUAACAUAUUGUAAUCUUUUUAUUUUCAUGAGUGUGACAAGUAGAGAGAGUGGUUCUGUUUUUGGUUAUUUAACCUUUUUUAUGACCAUUUCCAUACGACUGCCUUGGUGGUGGUCUACCUUGUGUCAGGUGCAAAGAUUUGGCAAAUUUUUCCAUUUGUGGCCUACUUAAAUUGAGGUUAUUUUCUUGACCAACUGGAAAUGAUUUCCCAACGUCAACAAUGAGCAUCUACUUCAUCUGUUUAUGAUUAAGCCAUUUCGUGUGUGUGGUGUCACAAAAAAAUACUUAAAUGUUGUGAAACAGAAAAGCAAAUUGCUAAGAAACACAAAACUGAUGGUAAAAUGGCAGAUGUAGCAAGUCAGUAAAUCUUUAUAACUAUUUUUAAAUUCAGGAUUUCACAGCUGAGACAGAGCCAAAAGAAGGUCAUAUAUCUUCUUGCAUAAUUUACUGCAGCUUCCCCUCUUCCUGUCCACGAGGUGGCAGUGUGAUCACAUCUACUGAGUAACAGUGAACUGCUGAUGAAUUUUUCUCAAAGCACCAUCAAAACAAAGACAUUUUUAUUUUUGGAUGAUUCCGACUCCUUCUAACAAAAUUGUCAACAUGACCUAUAUUCAAAACUAUUAGGACUUCCAAUGUUUCCCCUUUUUCGCAAUUGUAGUGAUACUGAGAUGACUCAGGCACCGAGUCAUUCACUUCACCAAUAUGUGAUGAGUCAUUAAACCACCUUUGAAGAUCACAAAAAACUUAGAGUAGGAGUAAGAGGAAGUGGUUACUAAAAUUAAGAAAUGCAGAUGGAUUGUUGAGUGACAUAGACUGAAUCAUUAUUUCGUCGACUGAGUUUUGAAAAACAAAAGUGUUAUGCAUAAAUUCUUGACAGUGAGGUUUUACAUAAUUUCAACAGCCAUGAAGUUAAAAACAAAAUAUCCAACUUGUUCACCAUCUCUGCUUUCCUGUUCUCCUACCUAGAAAUCAUCACCUGUCCCAGCCCGAGGUGAGAAGGCCUUACUCUGGCCCCUGCCUUCUCUUUAGACAAGCCGGUGGUGCAGAACUGAGCCACAUAGGAGGGAAUGAAUGAAUUUGUGUGCCUGGAAAGGUGAGUCGCUGGAGGCUCUUAAUAAUUCAGUGUUUGUAACAGACGGUGCAUCAGUGGGUGAACACAGCGCAGCAAAGGCUGAUUGAUAGUCCCUGCCAAAACAAAAAAGUGAACCCCAUUAUUCAUAUGGUAAUAGGAUCUGUGGAAACUCUGCAGCCUGUUGUGUUUGCUGUCUCAACUGCAAUAAUCUGGUGCCGGGAUGUACAGCUAUGCAUUUUUGACUUCGAGUUAUGCGCAGCUGUUGAUAUGAGACUUCCCAAACAUUAACAAUUUUGGGACUUUCAUUUGACAUUUAACUUCUAAACAGACAUAAAUGGUGCUCUCCUGCUUAUCCAUUAUUCAUAGGUGCGUAACUGAGGCCAAUUGGACUUCAAGGCUUAUUGAACUUGCACCUGAUAAUAGCUGGUAGAAAGGACAGGGCAGCUACAACACUCGAGGAACCCUGGCUCACCUGGCAGGGGGGACCCGGCUAUUAUUGGACAUGUCUGUGAACAGAGGAUCCCUUAGUAUGUCAAAUGGUCAUGACUUUGUUAGCCAACGAACCCUUGAAAUGUUCUACUAAGGGAAAAUGUGCAAAAAAUACAUAUAUAUUUGUUUUGAGUAGACUGAUUUACAUGCACAAAAACAUCACAAUUUGGAAUAUACAGAAAAAAAUUACACAUUUUCUUUGUUUGAUGCCAUAACUCCUGAUUUGCUUGCUUCAUUUGCCCUCUCACCCUGUCUCCACUUUUUAUAGCUGUAAUUGACCUCUGCUCCUCCCUCACCUGCUAUUACAUAAAGUAAGAGAGCAAAAAGCAAUCACACACCCUAUGAGUUGCAUGUGCACACACAAGAAAGAAUGCACAAACUGACACGCGCACGCACAGAGGCAUAUCUCAUUACCAUCCUCCUGAUAGUGCAGCCAGUGGGUGUUGCAAGAGGAGGAGGGAAGGGAGAGCAAGACAGAGGAAGAGAGAGAGAGAGAAGGAGAGAGAGGACAGGGAGAGAACCAGAGGCAGCAUUAUAGAGAGGGAGAGCCUGAACACUAAACAAGAUAACAGGAGAUACGUGAGGGAGCAGCAGCAGCAGAGAUAGAGAGAGAAAAGAAGAGCCUGUAGGACUGUCUGUGUGUGUGAGUGUUUAUGUGUGUGUGAGUCUCAGUGUGUGUGAGUGUGUUUCCACGGUUCUCCUGAGGGCCGUGGCAGCCAUGGCGUCAGAGCCCAGCACCCAGUCCAGGGUGAUGUUCCAGGCAGUGGACAAAACACAGGAGCCGCCACACCGUAAGCUGGGCAAGCUGACAGUCAAAUACGACCGCAAGGACCUGCAGAGGAGGCUGGAUAUUGAGGAGUGGAUCGACGGGCAGCUGCACCUGCUGUUCGACUGUGAGGUAGGGAAGGGCUGCCUCAUACACUCGCACACACACUUGCACUGAAGAGGAGCAGCUCAGAGGUAUCUGUGGUGGGGUUUCCAUCAUGUAGGAGAGAAUACAGAGGCUUUUAAAUGGAGUGGGUGGGCAGCAAGUAGCUUCCCCUCACAGCUGCAAUUUUUGGCACAGAAGCCCUCAUGUGUCAUCGCCUGACUGCAGUAUCAGCUGUGCAGCGUACACACUGGUGUUUCACCAUGGUGAUAAGAUUAUGUCUAACAUAUCAUGUCUGUUUGUGUCAUUCGAGGGCGUUUGCAGGCAUGUGGCACCCCUGACAAGGGAAACAACUUGAUCACAUUGAGCAUACGGCGGCCAGACGGAUAAAUUUACAAUUUAGAAGUUGUAAAAGUAAGAGAUUAAGAUUUGUAAAAUAAGACGGAAGUAAAGAGAAGGAGGCACCAGAGUAGUAAUUCUGAAAAUCUGCAAUAAAGUAAUAAAAUAGUGCUGGAAGAAAUUGUAAAGUUUUAAGGCUAAGGAGUGGGGCAGAGAUUGUUCUGAUAUCAUGGAUACAUCCAGGAGACCAGCUCAGAAUUUCUGUUUUUACGUGUGUGUGUGUGUGUGUGUGUGUGUGUGUGUGUGUGUGUGUGUGUGUGUGUAUGUGUGUGUGUGUAUCUUUAUUUGUAUUUACACACACAUUCUUCUAGUCACUUGAUAACUAUGCAAUCGUAUCUAAAUAAAACCAGAUACUGCCCUAUAUCACAGAGAUGGAUUUAUUUUAGUACAGUGCACAGUAAAAUCAAGAGAUGCAAAGAGGAAAUGAGCACUCAUUAUUUGAACCAUGUGCCUGAUUAACCAGCCUCAUUACCUAGAUGGUAAUGCCUAAUAUGUACAGGGAGAUUAUGACAGGAUAUCAGCCAGUUCACACACACACACACACACGUACACACACAUAUACAAACACAUGCAGCGACCUCCAGAACUCCACUCUUGUAACGGCAGGAUACAAUCCAAUUAUGUCAGUGGCGCCAUAUUGAUUCGCUUGGCAUUCACAGGGGGAAACCAUGGCAACAGAUGUCUCCUCGCCCACAUGAGGUAGCAUGGCAUGGUGGAAUUAGGGGUGGCUGUUGAGGAGCAUGAUAUCAGUAAUGACGAUGCAGAUCAGAUGACAACUACGCCUCCAUGUUUGUGCCAGUGAGGGCAGAGACAAACAGUUACAUGUUUAUUUCUACUUUUCAACUUUCUGAACAGCAUAUCCAACGAUCUGCAGCAGGAGAUGAUCAGGGAUAAAGGGGGUGCAUUUAUCUUUUUUAAAAGCCUAUUUCAUGCAGCUAAGGAACAUCAUGUCUAAUGUUUUUCCUCUCUCUUCCAUAUCACAUUGCUUUUUUAUGAGUUUUGCUUCAUUUACUUGCCAGACAGUGCUCCCCAAGGUAAAAUAUGCUGAUACGCUUGCAGAGCUGAGGGUGGAAUAAAUCACAUUAGUGAAAACCAGGACAUGAAGAUAACAAAAACUGAUCUGAAUUCUUCCUCUGUGUGUGAACUCUUUUGAUCUCAAGAAACAUAUGAUUAUUUCACAUCUGCUUGACAUUACAUGAUCUAGUUCAAGCCUCACCCUGCUUAAAAAUUCAGAUAAUGGAUAUUUGCAUUAGCCAUUGUUUAAGAUAAGUCAUGGCGGCUCCAUGUGCGCCAGCCCAGUGUGAUAAAUUUUGUAUGUGCUUAGGGGAAGGUUACUCUGUUGGUUCUCUGAGUCUUCCGCGUGGAAGCAUUUACCAUCAGUCCCCUGUGUCACCACCUGAAUUAUUUAACCACAUUUCUAAUUCAUACAAGCGCUGCCUCAGUCUGGAUUCAAUACCUUCUUUGCAAACUUCACACCUUCUGAGAAACAGUCAACCAUUUAAAAAAGUGUGGCAAUUUUGCUAUCUGACACUUUGGUGAUCAGUGUUGAGGCUUUUGUGUGUACAAAACCUUUUCCCUGAUAAACUAAAGCUCAAUUAUUUGAGAUAUGGUAUAUUGUAGACUCUGAAUUAUCACAUUUUCAUAAGUUCUUGUACCACUUUAUUGAUUAGCCUGAUCUCAUAUUACCAAACAACAAGUGACAAAUGUUUUUGAUCACUGGGUAGCUCAUGUCCAUGACAGGAAAAGGGAAGGAGCUGAUAAUCAAACACUCUGGCAUCUUUUUGAAACAGCUUACUUCCCUGGGCAUGGCUUCCUUUGUGUUAUAAUAGCAAAACAAAGUGUGCGUGCAACAAAACCCCAACAAUUUAAGUGUUUAUGUGCUGUUGUACUAUUGCAUAAAAGCCAAGAGAUGAAGUUCUUAGAAGAAUUAGAUUUAAAAAUUGUCUGGUUAUGGUUAUUAAGCAAAUUAAAAUCAAUAGCCGUUCUUACUUUUGAAACACACAAAAAUAACAAUGUCAAAGUUGACUAUUUUACCAAAGCAAUGUUUUAUGCCUGCAACAGCAGCGAGGGGAAAACAAGAUUACACAGCCGAAAAACACCAAAGAAACUGCCGUAUUUACCUUUAACACAGCAAAUUCUCACGGUGAGUGAUACAUUUUAUUAUUAAGACACAAUUAUGACAAAGUCUGGUUUUUACCUCAUGGUCACUGUAGCCAAAAUAAACCAAGACAAUGACAUUAUUGUGAAAAAAAAUCUAACUAGAACUCUGUCGGUAAAAUAAAAAAAAGGCAAAAUUAGGGUGGAGUGAGACACACUUCAUACACUUAACUAAUCAACACAACUGACUAACUUGGGUGUCAUCAUCCAUUUCUAAUAAUGUUCAAAGUUAAAUUUUAUCCCAUGUCACCAACCCCGUGAUAGAAACUUCUCUGCCCUCUUUUUGACAAAAUCUACAAAAGGUAGAUGUAAGGGAAACUGUUUCUAUGUGUGGGUAGAGUACCUCACUUUUAUCUGUCAUCUCCUUCAACAUGAUUUGUGUUGCAGUUGUAGCCACACUGUGGUAAAAGCUAGUAUGCUGGGGCACCGUUGGCUUACUGAUCUACACGCGCGGCCUAUAUACAGAGGUUAUGCUUUGAGAGGUCUGUCAGGGUUUGCAUCUAGCUUGUAUGCUCUCCCUCUCUCCUUGUUUCCUGCUCUGUCCACUGUCCUGUGCUCUCCAAAUGAAGAUGGUAAAGUCUAAAAAAAACAAACAAAAAAAAAAAACAAAAUUAUCAAGGCAACUAGUUACAUAAUCUUCUUUUUCUGCUGCUUCUUUAUCCACGCUUCAUUUAAAAAAAAAAACCUGUAGUAGCCCCUGCUGUAAACAACUAAGUUACAGUUUUACUGCUUGCUCAACUUUUAGCGCAGUUUCAUUUUUUUUUAAACGGUUGUCCAUACCACUGUAUUGUGGCAGCUCUUGGUAUGACUCAACACAUUUUUUUUGUAAGAAAACACAUCUGUAUACCUGUACACUACUUUCACAUGUUUAUGACAGAACCAGAAAAAAAGUAAAGAAAAGUAAAGCCUUGCUCACCAGGGGUACCAGUUGUGACACAAAAAUAAAGUUACUUACUGGAGCUUCAAUUUGAAGCUACUGCAAACAGAAAGAGAAGGUUAGCUUAGCCUUAUUACAAGGCUAAAUAUCUGAAGCCAGAUUCAUUUUAUGGCCUUUGUGUGUCUUAUUUUGAAAUCUAGUAAGUUGUUGAGGCUGCAGAAAAAGUGACAUACUUACCAGGGUUAUUCUCAUGGGCAGCAUUGGUUUGUUUAAUAAACUCAAGGAUUGUUCCUGGCAAACUGUUUAAAUAUGCUACAUACUUAAUAGAAAAUUUGGCCUGAUGGAGGUAAUUGAAUAUAUGCCAGCUGAUUGUCUCUGCUGUUUUGGUUUAUAUCCUGAAGGUAAAUUCUAUAAUUAAUUAUUAUGGUAGCUCAAUAAAAAGUUUCAUGCUGAGCUUUGCUCUAGAAAUUUGGUCCUAGUAGUUGUCAAUUGUGGUUGGCUGGUUGGCAUAGUUAUUUAAACAUGUGCCACAGAGGCUACAGUCCUUGUUGCAGUGGUCACUGGACUCUUAAUUGUGUCCCCACAUUUCAUGUCAUUCUUUGCCAUUGCUACCAAAAUGUGUCCAAAAAUAUAACUUGAAAACAACUGCAGUAGCAGGUUUUUAAUAUAAUGAUCAAGGACACAAUUUAAAGACAAUCUUGUUUCUAGUUCAAAAUCACUGUCCUACAGAAAUUGUUGGUUUUCAUGAAAACACAAAAGUCAAACCGAAUUACUCAACUCAAGCAGAGAAAAAAAGAAGUACGCCCACUUUCAAGCAUGUAAUAAAUAAAACAUGUUACAAAAUCAGAAAGAAAUUUCUAUGAAACUGGAACAAACGAGGUCAGCCCAUGCUGGUGAUUUUGAAUUUCUAAUUCCAGUGAGGUCAUCUUAUCUUGGCAAAAUCCAACUGCUUAUUUAGGUUGCAUCUGCACCCCCCUGUCUAAAACUGCAAUCCUCUGAGAACCACUUCUCUAUUCAUGAAUUCCAGUGAUUAGUGCCAACAUUCAUUUUAGCUUCAGUCUGUUGCUUUUAACUUCAAAAAGUGCUGCUGAGACACAUCAGCCCAGAGGCCUCAUUAAAAUGCUCUUCUGCUCCGACAAUGAAGGCAACUUUCAUCAAGCUGGAGAUUGUGGCUGUGUAGAAAAUGAAAAAGUGAAAAGUCAGUGGAAGGGUCAGAGUGUUUUUCCAAGUAUGCUCAUCUCAUUGACAUUCAGGGUUGCUCUAAAAGGUUCUGCAGCUGAACGCAGACUGAAUUUUUAGAGUACAUCCCUACUCAUAUUCAUGAUUAAUGUAGUGUGAGGCAGGUUUCACUUUCACAUUCAUUCUUAAAUAGAUAGAUGGCCAUUAAAGCUCUGUACAGUUACAAGGAAUGUUUUAUUGAUCCUUAUUUAGUACUCCUAAAAACAGUCUGAAACUAACUACUGAUUUGUGGCAGCAUAUCAGACCCAAAGUUAUUAAAGAUAUCUGAUAAGGCGCAAUGAAAAACUACCAAAGGGCUGUCAAAAAUGCAAGGGAAGCUUUUUAUUAUAACUAAUUUUAGCUCAUCCUUCUAAUCCCUGUUUUUAGAGAUGUUUUUUUGUGAUUUAUGUAAGAAGUUUUUAGUUUAUUUUAUCAACAAAAUCAAGGAAAUCAGGGAUAAAAUCACCUCCCUAGCCUGUAAUUUUAAACACAAGUAGAGAUGUUUUAAAUCAUUUUUGUAGUUUUAAGUCUGUCCUUGUCCUUUUAUCUGAGAUUUUAGCCCAGAUGAAAAUACCUACUUGCAGUCUUGAUUUUAUACCCACCAAAUUUCUCAAAGCAGGUUUUAGCAUGGUUGGGCCCAGUUUUUUUUCUUAAAUCCCCAAUCAAUAGUUUCUUGGCAGAAUGUGUAGUUCCCUUUGUUUUCAAACACACUGUGGUCUAACCUCUUUUAAAGAAACCUAACCUUGACCCCUCUAAUUCUAAUAAUUUCAGACCAAUUUCAAAACUUUCUUUUAUACCCAAGGUUUGAGAGAGAGUAGUUUCUACACAGCCUUUAUCUUUUAUGACUCAUAAUAACCUAAUAAACCUAAUUAUAGAUUUUAAGAGUAGGUUACAGCACUGAGACGGUCCCUCUGACCUAUGAUUUGUUUUUAGCAGCAGAUCGAGGGGAGGGAGCCAUUUUAAUUCUUUUAGAUCUCAGUGCAGCGUUUGAUACUGUUGAUCAUUUUAAAUGAAUGUUUUAGAGACUGGGUGAGCAUCAGGGAUACUGCACUUAGCUAGUUUUAUUCUUAUCUUUUAGAGCGAGCCUUUGUGGUCACCAUUGGUGACCACUCCUCCUCCAAUUCCACACUUACCUGUGAUGUACCACAAGGUUUGGUUUUCGGUCCAAUUUUAUUUUCUAUUCAUAUGGUCAAAUAAUUUGGAAUCAUAAGGUCUCCUUUCAGUCGAUGACACACAGAGAUAUCUGCACCUUAGACCUGGGGACCAGAGAGGCCUAGCUGCUGUUACAGACUGUUUAAAUGAUGUAAACUGUUUGAUAGCGCAGAAAUUUCUAUAGCUAAACAAAUGCAUAUCUGAAAUUGUCAUUUUCAAUUUCCAAAAUUCCUCAACCAUAAUCAAUAACAGCCUUGGUUCACUUUCAUCAAAUAUCAAAUCAUUAACCAUAAAUCUUGGAGUUCAGUUUGACUUUAACCUCACCUUUGCCACUCAUAUCAAAAAAAUCACACAGUCAUGCUUCUUCCACCUAUGCAGCAUCUGCAAAUCAAAAUCCAUGCCCUCGUUUUGUCCCGCCAAAAUUACUGUAACUCAUUUCAUUCCAAUACUAACCAGAAAUCUGUUUCCCGCCUCCAACUUAUUCAGAAUGCAGCAGCCAGACUUCUAACUGGUUUUAGUGUCUCAACACUGGCUUCCAGGUAGUUUUCGAAUCAUUAAUCACUGCUUUUAAAGCAUUAAUGGGUCUGGCUCCAAUCUAUGUAACAGAACUUUUAACCCCCUUUGUGCCAGUCUGCACCCUGAGAUCCUCGAGGAUCAGUCAGGUUGGGGCCUCCUGGUCAAGACUUUGUAACCAAAGGUGACAGGGCCUUUUCCAUCAGGACCCCUGACUUUGGAAUGAUCUCCCCGAGGACAAAAGGCAUGCAGAAACAGUCACUGCUUUUAAGUCACUUCUUAAAACUUAUUUUCAUAGACUUGCUUUUAUGUGAUGUCAUCAUCUUACAUUUACUUUUCAUUUGCAAUUUUAUCUUUCCUAAGUUUUUCAUUCUUAUUCCUUCUUUUUUACUUGCCUUUUAAAAAUUAAUUCCCCUUGGUCUCUAGGUUUUAAUCUGUUCAGCUUCUCUCCCCUUGAGUAUUCCCUUGUUGCUGCUUUGUUUCUCUAAAUGUCAAAGCACUUUGUAAACUCUUGUUUUUAAAAGUGCUAUAUAAAUAAAGUUAUUAUUAUUAUUCCUGAAUCAUAUCAUAUAGGGUGAAGAAGAUGCAUCUUAUUUGACAGCAAUGACCAAAUAAGCAAAGAGCACAGGUGGAUGUUAUCUCAAGACACUUAACAAAAGGAGCAGAUCUAGACUGGUACUGUUUCUGUCAUCAUGUUUCAAACUGCAUUUGAAGUAUACAGAUAAAGCUGCAAUAAAAAAAAGGCAUUAGUUAAAUGAAAUCUGCGUUAUUUCAUGAACAUCAGCAACACUUUAAAGUAUUCUGACUCAGGAAUUUAAGCAUCAAACCCUUAACAAAAAAAAGCCUGCAGUCUUAGAGCAAGUAGGUCAAACCUCGCACAGCAGAGUAACAUGGACUCAUCCCUGCGUGUCUCCUGCACACAUCAGCAGAAUCACACAAGGCCCAAAUUGGCAGCAAGUAUCAAUUAGAGGGGGCACGGGGGACUCUGAAGGUGGGCCCAUCUUUUCUGCCACUCAGCACUUCCACAUUGAUUAGCUCUCCCCUCAUCCAGAAAGCAGAGCAAGCCCCCAUCCACAGCAGCCAUGAAAAUUCCCCAACCGGAAAAUAUUCUCCUUAAAAAGAGGCGCCACUUGUCAGAAAUAAGUGUAAACCUGCUGAUGCUUGAUAUCUGAGUGUUCGCGAGUGUUCCUCCAGUCCGGGUAGUUAAUCUGCUCUGAAAAUGUAGGGUGGAUAAAAGCUUGGGAUGUUGAUUGAUUACUGUACUAUUUUUGCUUUUCAUAGAUGAGGACUGAGCACUCAUUUUUCCACUAUUUUUACAUAGCUAUGGUGUACAACUUUUACAUAGCUGCAAGAUAUUGUUUAUUUAAUACGUAUCUCUAAGGGAAAGGUGGUUUAUUUUCCUCAGGAAGAUUGGGAGACCUGUUUUUAUUUGGAUUCAGACACGUAUAAUGAGCAGCCAAAUUGCUGAGCCUAAUACAUCCUUCAGAAAACCUAACAACCGUAAAUGAUAUCUCACUAUAAGCUGAACUAAAUACUAGCAGGAGAAAUCAUCCAUGAAAUCUGAUGGUGGCAUGUGGCAAGUUUGACCUCAUUGUGCCUUCCUGGAUUCAUGCCUCAAUGCUUUUUGGCUUUCAUCCAAGUAAAAUUAAGUAUAUCAAUUAUAUCAUCAAUGAGAGCAACCAUAAAAGAUCAGAAAAAUUUAAUUCUUGUCAUGAAAAUACACCAAAGACUUUUUUCACUCCACCAACAGUGGGACACUCAUGGGAUUAGCAGUGUGAACCCUUAAAAAUGUAGCUAUUCAAAAGCCUUUACCGCCUGCAACUGUUGCACUAUCACAUCCUGGGUCACAUCUUCCACUCUCUUAUUCUUCUGAAUGGCUCUGCUCAGUGGUGUGGACACCCACACCACAGUGAGUGAAAGGAUGGCACGCAGCUCUUGAUGUACAAUGUUUGCACAGGCUUUUGGAGCAUGAAGAAGCACAAGAGCUGACAAUAUAUUAUAAUGCAGGUUCUAACUUUUACCCCCUCUUGGCUUGUGCAGGAGGAAGAGAUUCCUGAGUUAGAGAUCGACAUCGAUGAACUCCUGGAGCUGACAGAUGAGGGCCAGAGGAGCAGGCUGCAUGUAAGUUUGUGCAAAGUGACAUGUCACAUUUCACGAACAAUUAUUUACAACUGUGGUUAGUUGUUGCUUUAAAGAAGUGAUACACAAAACUGCAGCUCUUAAAUGAAAGAUCAACCAAACUUUGAAAGAAUUUGACCCUUUUGACACAUUUUUUCCCCUCCUGACACCUGGUUACAUACUCAAGUGUUUGCACUGUGAGUUAAUAGCUCAACAAGCACUUGACCCUGGCUGGGAUCCAGUGUUGAAAUGUUUGCCAUUCAAAAGCAAUGUCCAAUGUUGUUUUAGAGCUUAUUUGUGUUUGUUUUGGUUGUUAGGAGUUGUUGCAGGAAUGCGGGAAGCCAAAAGAGGUAAGAAAAACAAUCUCUUUGCAACACAAAAAAUCACAUAGAGUUAAAUUUUUAACCUCCUAAGACCUGGCGUCCACAUGUUUGGACAUCACAUUUUUGGUUGUCAAGACCACAAUAUUAAAUUUUGUUCACAAGGGCCUUCUCUCAAAAUUUAAAACGAAUGUCCUCAGAUGUGGACAUCAUUUUUCUCAGAAACUACAUCAUGUAAAAAGAUCAUUCUUCGUUUUUACACUCAUCAGGUCCCAAUUAGCCUAAAUAUUAAAGAGAAAAUAAAAAUGCAUGCCUUGCAAGAGUUCGGGUCUUAGGAGGUUAAAGUUACUUACUGUUGCUGUUGUGUUGUCUGCGAAGGCUGCAUGCAGAAAAAUCAAUCAAAUCAAUUUUCUCCAUCCUCCCUUUAGGAUUUUAUCAACGGACUGCUCUACAGAAUAAAGGGUCUACGCAAAAUGUCCGGUCCCUUGAAGAAAUAAUUAUAGGUCAAAUAAAGAAUUGAGACAAUGUGGAGCCUCCUAUCUUCCCACAGCCCAUGCAUUAAUUGUUUGGAUGCCUGUUUGUGCGCUUCAUAUGUCCGUGGGACUCUUUCUGCGUCCCCUCCUGGCUCAGCAUCAGCCUAACUCCAGAGCAGUCGGGUUUUCAAUGGAUUUUUUUUAUUAUUAUUAAUAUUUAAUUUAUGGACUGCUAUUACAUUUGUCACCCAUAAAUAUCCCAAUAAUGCACAUGUGAUAAAAGCUGUUCUGACUAUGACUCAGAUGGACUGUUUUUUUUUGUGUAGAACUGCACAUUUUCAGUUGCCUGUUUAUGUACAUACAUUUUUGUUCUGAUAACAGUGUUGUAUGUUGAAAUAAAAUAGAACAUUUUCAAGACAA